UUUCUGGAGUUUUAUAACGACUAUAUUGUUGCCGUCCUACGAAAACUAUAUGUUAACACUUUUUAAAAAGCAACAGUUUACAGUGAUUUUUUUUUUUACAAGCACGUUGCACAAGCGACUGCUACUGCAAUAAGUAGCAAAGUUAAACUUGAAUCAACCUCUGUUCACUGCGCAUAUGUACUUUGUCAGCCAUUUGCUCAAAAUACCAUUAUUAUUUAGUAGUACUGGGGUAGUACUACAAAAUAAUACCCUGGCAGGAGUGUAACGAUUUAUAGGUAGGAUGUCACUCAGUAAAGCCCAAACCGACGCAGGGUCCCACUUCCACCACUACCAAAAGUUAAACUAUUGUGGAAAAACUGCUUAUUACACGUUUGAUAAUUAGUAAGGCAGACAAUCUUGUUGCCAGGUAUAAAGAAAACUAUGGUAAAAUGACUUACUUGGGACCCUUGUCUCUCAGUAAUAGUUGUGAAUCAAGAAUGGCUCCCCACUCAAACCUUAAAAGGACAACAUUUCUUCAAACUGUCGAUUCAGAGUUCAAAGAGUCGAAGAAAGAUUUUCCAAAGUUGUUCGCGUUGAAAGUACUUCACUUCUUCUCUGCCGCCCUUCCCUUCUCCUCCUUCCACCCAGUACCAGGAUCCGGAUGCAUGUUUCCCCAGUGCGGCAACUUCAUUCUUCUCCCUGUAUAAUAGUAGAUUUUUCAUGGUGGAUUUGUGCGAGGCUAUUUUGAGCUGUGCGCUGGCUCCUACAUGCACCGCUGUAAUCCAAUUGUGAUAGCGUUAAUUUUGAAAGCUUUAUUAUUGAAAUUGCUGAGACCUAAUUUUCUGAUCCUGUCACCGUUGACGACCGCCGUAAUCGGCUAAUUCAAGUUAUUCCAGGCCAUUAAGUCGCACAUAGGAACUGAUUGUGGUCACUGAGGCAGAAGGGAAGGAGAGAAGAGAUCAUAUCUUUAUUGAAGGAGUUGUUAUUGGUGUUCUGGAAAUAUUUGCUUUUUCCUUUAACAAACCCCAAGAAAUGGUCUGGCUCUUGACCACAGUAGACCUUUCAAAGGCAUUUGAAUGACACCAAUAAAGCUCCAAGUAUGUUGUGUGAGAAAGCGAGAGAGAGUGUGUGAGAAUCUCACUAAAUCCCAGGUUCUUGCUGUUAUUGUCAUAGUUCUAAAAAUGUUGGGACAGUGUUUUGUGUAGCUGCCGGUUGUAACCACUGUGCAGUGUGUUUUGCUGUUGCUCUGAUCAUUCUCUCUCCAGUGCCUAAUCCGUGAAUGAACACACAUUGUCUUGAAACCAAACGAUAGGGCCAGGACUAACAAAUGCAAUUCUUUUUGACAACUUGGUUGCCAGGAAACUUGCAUGGGUCUUUGGCAAGUAGGCCCAAUAAAAGAACAGAAUUGUGUGUGUAUGUGUGUGCACUGUCUGGCCAGUUAACUCUUCGUGUGUGUGUGUGUUUGUACCACAUCCUGGGUUGUUGCUGUUGAUUGUCGCUAGGUUCAAAGCUUGUACUUGUGGAAUCAGACGAAUUCACAAAUGGACGGGAAGCAAAGACUCAGCGAAAACCCACUGCUGAAUAUUUGUCAUGCAAUUGGAAAAACGUCAGCAUGUCUUAGGAAUUCAACUCAGACAUUGGAUGUCUUGGUAAGUCUGACUUUGAGUGUCCAGCUCUUCUUUUGAAAUGUAAUGAUUAAAACGAGCUUGACUGAAGUGAGUUUAGGUGGGUUACAGUUGCCUUGGAAGAGCUGUUCAACGUCUAACGCUAUUUGGAUUUGAGACAUUCCGCUUAAUGAAUUCCCAUGAAUCCUAAAUUUUCAGCUAUACUACAAGUGACCUCGUACCUCACAAAUGCCUUUCUGGAUAGAUGGACAACAUUUCCCAGAGGCACACUCAAAAUCUUGCAGAAGGUCUAACCAAGAACAGUAGAAUCAAUUAGAGCUACAAAUAGGUGAAUUUCUAAUACGCUGUCUCUGACUGGAAACAUUUUUUUUUUUCCUAAGAUGGUUGCCGACAUAUGCGUUCACAGCAGCUAUGGCUUGUUAGCAGAUUUAGGUCACAGCGCUCCUGUUGUCUCUUCUGCCACUGUGGUACCAGACAGUGGCAAACAAAAAUGUUAAAAAGGAACUGAACGCCCAAAGAAUUCUACCAGUUAUGUAUAUUUUCUAUAGUGCUUAUUCUAAUUAGGGUUGCAGGUGAGCUGGAUCUUAUCCCAGCUGACCUUUGGUGAGAAACUGGUCACAAGUAAAUUGCAGAACACAUAGACAAGUGACCAGGCUCACAUUAAGAGUCUUCAGUUAAUGGUACAUUAACUGAAGACUCUUAACGCUGGAGUUACCAGGAGAAAACCCACACAAACAUUACGAGAACAUGCAAACUCUACAAGGAGUGCUUGUUCGCUUGAGCUUAGAUUUGCCCUCUCCACUGUGUGCCAGGUGCGGUACCACUGUACCAUUGUGCUGCCUUAAAAAAAAUAUUCCGUAUUGUAAGUCCUUUUCGAACAUUUUUGGAAAAACAAGAAAACACAAUAAUUUCACCAAAUGACUCCAGUUAUGUUGAUUCAACCUUUUCGGAUUACUGUGACCUGAAUGACUAAGAACCUACACAGACAUAAAUACAACCACAACCUUUCCGUCUACAAACUGUCAUAUGACUAUAUGAGGAGCUGUAUCACCAAUUUUGUCUUGACAGAGAAAAAUGUUCAGUUUUGAGAGGUAUUCAUUCAACAAUGCGUUUAUUUGUGUGUGUUGUGGAGCUGCAUUGCAUCAUACUGAAAGAUGUUUCUAAUAUUUUUUUUAAUUUAGAAACUCCUUUCAGUAUGAUACAGUGCAAUUUUGCUCUGCAAACUACAGCACACACACACAGCAGCAAAGUUUUAUUGCACCUAUAGCCAAAAUACUAGCAACUGUGCCUUUCUAAUCUCUUAUUGAUGGAUGUGAGUCGCUCGGCACAAAACAGUACAAUCUCAUGCUGUAGUUUAUGCAUGCUUCAGCAAGGGACCGCUUUAGCUUUCAUUACAGGGCCUGUCAUCUAAAUCUCCACACAGUUUGAUGCCACUUGCGCUAAAUUCGCGUCGUAAAAUGUUUCUGUCAACCUGUUUUUACCACCCUUUGAAGAGCAUAUUAGAUAAAGGGAUAUUUCCAUCAUGUCUCAUAUGCUUCAGACUCCAGCAGUGCUUUUAAAUCAUUGCACAGUGUCGUAUGGCGAACCUUUAUAUGUUCUAUAAUUCCUGCUGCUUAUCUACUCUGCUCAAGUAUUCUAUUUCACAUUACCUGCCAUGUGAGCAACGUGAACAGCAAGUCUCUGCCUCUUCAAGACAUCAUUUUUGGGACCCGAGCGUAUACAAUGACACUGAGCAGCUAUUCAACAUAGACCACAAGAGCAGCUAACAAAUCCACUCCUCUGAGAAGGUUCCCUUUCCUGUGAUUAUGUUGACAUGACAACCUGCUGUGGAAUAUGUGGAUAGUUAUUACAGUCUGGAACUAUCUCAUUGUCUUCAUCAAGUCCACAAAGCGCAGCGACUGUAUUAUUUGUCUCCAGUGUCGUCACACGUGUUGGUAUGCUGUUGAUUGAUUGACAAGGCUGAGGUGUAGCCAUGGCAACCAGGAUGGAGGUGACACCGCUCAAGAGCAGGGUGAGAAUGGAAGACUACAAGAAGCUGCAGAGCCUAUUCUUUAUCUCCUCAGGGGUGUCUGGCUCUUUGUCCAGAAGUGAAUUUAUCCAUCUGGCCUGCUCAUCGGUCGGACACGGCUCCAAAGAGGAGUACGGCCUGCUGUUUGACAGCGUCGUCGUCAGUCAGGGGCACCGCGGCCUCUUCCCUGACAGCAAUGCUGUGAAGGAAGAGAGUCGAGUGGACUGGGGAGGGCUGCGCUCUUUUCUUCAGCAGGAGCUGUCUGAAAAGCUGAAGCACAGCAGAGUGAACCGUGUGCCUUGCUGGAAGCCUCCGCUCUCUCUGACCUGUCCCCAUCGAGACCCAGUCCAAAAGGUGUUGUACCUGCCAAGCUGGGCUCAAUACAUGACUGUGAGUAAAGGAGGAUCUGUGGGACUGCGGGACCAAAGUGACAUGUCUCUUUUGAGCACCCAACGACUGCAAAACAGCACAGUCCGACCCAAAGACCUGUGGGUGACAGACAUGGUGCUGCUGCAAAAUUUACACAAGAUAGCUGUGUCAUUUACAAGUAAGGAAGUGUGUUUUUAUGACAUACUUUCCAAAAAGGACUUCAGCUGCAAAUAUAAAGUCCAGGGUUUAAGUUUUACUCCAUGGUGUCUGGACUACUGGGCAGAUGCCUCUAACCCAGAUCAGGCCAUCCUCACUAUAGGCGACAUUGGUGGACAGGUCAGCGCUUUAUACUUCACAUCAGCGCAAAUCAUUUUGUUUGAGCGACGGAGUCGGUGGACAGACUCGGAUUCUGCGGUCGUCAUCCAAUGGGAUGAUGUGGUCAAAGGAAAACAUCACUGUUGUUACAUUGUUCAGCAUCAAGCACACAAGCCAGCCUGGGUGAGGAAAGUACUUUACCUGGACUCACUGGAGGCCUUUGUGUCGUGUAGCACCAGGCCACAAAGCAGCAUGGUGAUUGGCUGGAGGGAGAAGGACAGCAAGAGCCUACGAGUGACCUCUUUUUUUACAAAGAGAGGAGUAUGGGACGUAGACCAUCACCAUGAACUGAAGCUGAUUGCCACUGCAGGUAUAGAUCAUCAGGUUCUGUUGUGGAACUCUUACAUGACCUCCCAGCCAGUGCACGUAUUCACUGGCCACCUUGCCCCAGUUAUGGCUGUUCGCUUCCUGCAAAAGAAAAAACAACUGCUAAGCUACUCCAGAGAUAAGGUUCUGUGUUUAUGGGAUGUUUCAAGUCAGCUCUGUAUUCACCGACUGGAUGGAGUUUUCCCAGCGACACAGGAGGACGCGCACACACUCCUGCUCCUGAUCGAAGAGCGCCAACUCCUGCUGCUCACCUUCAACAGCCUGCUGGUCUUGCUGGAGAGCACGAAGGAGGAGACAAGGACCAGCAGUCACGAGCACCCUGUCACCUGUGUGCUUUACAACAGUCUUUUCAGACAUGUAAUAAGCAGCGACACCGGCUCCUCUGUGAUCUGCUGGCUGGCUGACACGGGCCAAAAGGUUAAGCAAAUCCACCAUUGCCAUGGCAAUGCGGAGAUCUCCACCAUGGCUUUGGAUGGCACGCAGACCCGGCUGUUCACUGUAGGCACUGACGGAGAGGUUAAAGUGUGGGACUUCAAUGGCCGCUGCCUCCACAGAAUGAACGUUGCCCUGGGCAAGGCUGCGGCCAUCUCGCAAGUUCUGCUGCUGAGGACGAACCUCCUGGUGAUGGGUUGGGAGAGGAGGUUGACAGUAUUUCGCCGGCAUUCCUUCGCCAAGUUUCACGUUGACCCUUCGGAGUGGAAGGGCAAUGUUCAUCAUCGUGCUGAAGUGCUCUGUGCCGCCUUCCAACCACCACAAACUCUAGUCACAGGAAGUCGUGAUGGAGAGAUUAUAGUGUGGAACAACAACACGGAAAAAGCUCUGAGGAAACUGCAGCUGCCGGCCAAACAUGAAGAAUUCAGGAAAACUGAGUAUUCCCUAGACGCCCUCGCUAAAUUGUCGUUUUUACAAGGUCGGACCGCUGCACAAAUAACAACUGGUGGCGCCGACUUGGUGUCAUGCACCAGUUCCGGGAUGUUCAGGCUCUGGAACACGGUCCACGGCCGUCUCGUGGGACAGUUCGAGGCUCACAAGCCACAACUAGGCUCUAUUGUCAUGACUGUCAGCCCCUGUGGAAAGCUUCUAGUCACAGCAGAUUGGGAGGGCACGAUCAAGACAUGGGACGUAGAGCAAUACUGCCUGGAGUCAGAUGAGGAAGUGGUGACUGAACCUCCAGAAUUGGUGUGCAGUUUCCGCCCACACCAAGAUGGGGUCACUCACCUGGAUAUGUAUAUCCAUGGCGAUCGGCUGCUCCUUCUGUCAGCAUCUUCAGACUGCAGUGUGGCUCUCAGCUAUCUGUCAGGGGAAAUUAUUGGCUUGUUUGGACAGGAGGAGCAGUGGAGCAUCGUGAAGCCUGGAUGUUUUCCCUCACAGUGGGACACCAUUGAUGAUAGACACCCUGGCAACACAGCAGAACGUGAGGAGGUGGAAACAGACAGGAAACAGGAUUGUGGAGUAGAGCACAGCGUUUGUCUGGGUGAAUAGUCACUUCUGAGUUACUGUAAGUAUCUUUGCUCUGUUGUAUUUAAAGUUUAUUUGAAACCAUGACUCUUACUGUGAUUUCAAGAGUCUUGGUAAUAUUUUAUAAUACAAAACACAACUGAGGUUGUUGAGGUUCAUCAGUUCUCCUUGGGCGAUUUUAGAAAUGGACACAUUGGACACAAACACGAUUGAUUGUAAUUUUUGGGAACUAAAGGUAGAGUUUUCAUUUUUUAAUCACUUUUUUUUCAUAUACUGUAUGUUAAAACUGUGUAUAGGCCUAUGACCUGCCAGUAGAAUAUUAUUAAAAUUAUCUUUUGAAAAAUCAUCCCUCUUUGGUCCCAUUUUAUGCCUCUAAUUUAAUUUAAAUUAUUACAGUGGUGCCUUGAGAUACGAAUUUAAUUUGUUCUGUGUCCAUGCGCUUAACUCAAACCACUCUUAUCACCCCAUUGAAAUGAAUGAAAAUGGCAUUAAUCCGUUCCAGCCUCCCCGUCCCAGAAAUUUGUAUUUAUUUUUUUUUAAUAAGGAAUAUAGCACUCUAUAAUAAUAUACUUUAUAAGAACACAGAAUACUAAAAUAAUCCUAUUUUAUUUUUUUUGUCGAGGAUGAAGAAUAUACUGUAUGCCUGUGCACAAUGUUACAUUAUCCGUCCAUAAGCGUUCAAAUGUCCAUUUCUUAAAGGGUUCUAAUACCGCGACUGUCAAUGCUAACUGUUAGCAUGUCAAUGCCGUUUUCCAUUCAUUUUGUUGUGCGUGUGUUAAGAAAAAAACAACAAAAAGAGGGAAGAAGUUGAAAAAAUCCAAGUGAUGCUCAGAGUCCAAUAAAUGAUGUGAGCUAGGAUUUGUUACUAUAAUUUAGGAAGGUAAAUUAUGACAUGAGUUUGGCACUUAAUAUAAAUGAUGGCAUCUUAAAGUCAAAUGGAAAGAUGUACUCAACUUAAGUCAGCAAUAGCAGUCUGGAGGCAAGAUAAAUCUCAGUACGGGUCACAGUUACUGUACCAUUUAUCAGCUGAAGGUGUGAUAUUAGAUCCUAACGAGAUGUAAAAUGAAAACUGUGUGAUGGACUUUGUGGGAUACUGAAGUACUGGGAUAAACAUAUUUUAUCCUCGAUGUUAUAAAUCCGACCAUCCCCUAAACAAUCUGGGCUUGACCAUUAAUCCACCAGUAAGUCAGAACAAUAAUUUAAAAUGUCUACAGGUAAAUAAUUGGAGAAUGAGGAGAGUGCUACUUUUAGUGAAUUUUUGUUAAUUAUUGUCGUUUUAAAAAAAAAUUUAAAUGUUAAAAAAAUGUAUUCAUUAUUAUCAUGAUUUACGAGUAAAAUAUGUUUAUUUAAUUAUAUUUAAGCACAUUUCUUUGUGCACCACAUUGUGGGACGUAGGCGUGAGAUUUCUCCGGGUACUCCGGCUUCAAAAACAUGCAUUUUAGGGUAACUGAAGACUCUAAAUUGUCCAUAGGUGUGAAUGUGAGUGUGAAUGUGUUCUGCGAUUGGCUGGCGACCAGUCUAGGCUGGUCGCGGCCUCUCGAUCCAAAGUAAGCUGGGCUAGGUUCCAGCUCCCCUGUGAUAAAAAUGAGGAAAAGCGCUAUAGAAAACGGAUGGCUAAAUAAUCCUUUGUUGAUUGGUUGGGAGAAAUCACAAGGUUCUACUCCCUAUAGAAGUAAGUCUGGAAUUAUCAAAUAUCUUUGCUUACCGUUUGCAGUAAAAGCUACCCGUGUUCUUCCUUAAAAUGUAUUUUGUUUGGUUUGGAUUCUGGUGCUCAGUGAACUAUUCAUCAUGGAAUUUAUUGUGAGUUCAACAAAGGUUAAUUCAGUUCAAAUAUAUAAUUUAGUUUGUAGUGGAGUUGACAGUUUUAUUACUUGGGAUGUUGUGGAGUCUGUAGAGUGUCUGAAAGUAACAGUUAAUGAAUAGAUGUACCAGGCUGAUUAUA